GCGAGCCUCUUAUUUUCCGUGCUGCUGAGUAUCGACCAUAAUCAUCAUUUAGUCUUCGCUCAGGACUGGUGCCACCACGAGAACAGAUACGGACACUCUGCGGCAAUGGCGAGCGGAGGGGGCAUGACCUGGCUGAUGAUCAUUCUCAUCAUAUGCAAUGCCUUCGCUUCUGCAGCAGGACUGGCAUUAUUUGCGCUGGCCAUUUGGGUGGCAGUAGAUGGAUACAGGCUGUACCCAAUAUCCGGCGUGUCAGGGAAGGAUGACAUCUUUGCUGGAGCCUGGAUUGCCAUCUUCACUGGCUUUGCCUACUUUUGCACCACCAUCUUUGGCAUCUUCGCGGCUCUGAAAAAGAGACGUUCUCUCAUGCUGGUGUAUCUGAUCAUAAUGUUCAUCAUCUUCAUAUUCGAGUGUGCCUCCUGCAUCACAGCUGCCACCAACAGAGACUAUCUGGUUGGUAACAGUAACCUUGUGAAGAAGCAGAUGCUGAGGUACUACGCUGAGAGCAGUGACAAAGGAGCCCAGAUCACUAACACAUGGAACAGAGUCAUGCAGGACGUGCAGUGCUGUGGGACGGACAGUCCUUUGGACUGGAUUGAGUAUAACUCCACCUUCAGACAGACUUACGGCACUACGUACCCGUGGCCGCUCAACUGCUGCAAGCGCCUGAGCAGCUUCGAGGUGGCGGAUCCAGAGGGCUGCAAGAUCGGCCAGAGCAGCACCAUGUUUAACAAGGGAUGCUUUAACCACAUUGAGUCAGUGUUCAGCCGUUAUACUUGGGCGGUGAGCUGGUACGGCUUCUCUGUGCAGAUGUUCGUGUUCUUCCUGCUGCUGAUCGCCAUGGUGUACUACACGCAGCUGGGCUAAAGAGAUUAAAGGAACACAAAAAGCGCUACACUAAGAAACAGCAUUAUAUCUAGUAUUGUUGCUUUUGGAAUAACCACUGCUUCUGCCUGUUGCCUCUACACCGUCAUCAAUGCUGCCACAAAAAUCCUCUUUCAAAACAGACUGCAAAGUGUUUAAAGGUACUAAACAGAUUUUUAGGUUUGAGCGCUUGUGAUUGCUUUGAAUGUUUAGUUUUGAUGAAUGGCAUGUAUUUUCUUUGACCCCUGUCACUGUCCACUUGUUUUCUUUUUGGAUUUAAUUUGAGGUUUUUUUUUCUUAAAAAAUGUUCAAUGUAAUUGCACAUUUCAGGAUUUUUGUCAGAUGAUUUCAUUCUACAGUGCCAAUCACACAUUUACUCAUGUUAUUUUGUAGACAGACCUGAGUUGGGCUUUUUUUGUUCCAUCUUGUGGUCACGUUUGCUUUUCAACAUCAGAGAUAUGUAUAGCCAAAUGUACAUUUUUAUCCAUUAUAUUCAUGUAUUUGUACUAGCAAAUAAUAAACCACCUUAUUGAAGUGCCA